GCAGCACAUCACUGUGAUAAAAAAUUUGAGAGAUAAUAGUUCAUAUAACUGAACGAGUUAGCACUCUAACAUUUUCGUGUCAAUUGUAAUAUAUCACAAAUGAACAGAAAAAGUGGACGCAUUGCAAUUUUAUAUAUUAUUUUAAUAAUGCUGUCUAUAUGUGGCGAUUCCAACACACAAAGAAGUGUUGGUGGACGUGGAGUUUUAAGAAGGAACUACACUGGUAAAAAGCCCGUUUUAAUACAACAUCGCACCCCGGAUGCUGUCAACUAUUAUGAUCACGAAAAUGGUGCCAAAAUUAUAAAGUCUUCUCAUUUUGAACUGGAUUAUACACUUGGACGUAAGAUUACUUUCUUUUGUAUGGCACAAGGAAAUCCAAGACCCACAAUUACCUGGUUUAAGGAUGGAGCUGAAUUAUAUCAACAUCGUUUUUUUCAGGUUCAUGAAUCACAUAUAGAUUCUGACAUAACCAAAUCAAAAAUGGAAAUUGAUCCAACUACGCAAAUGGAUGCAGGUUAUUAUGAAUGUCAAGCGGAUAAUAUUUAUGCGAUUGAUCGCCGAGGAUUUCGUACAGACUAUGUGAUGAUUAAUUAUUAAGAUAAGAAUAACAUUUUUGUUAAUUAAAGUUUCA